AUGCCAACUGCGACUAGCACGGUGACCAUCCAGCCCAAAACUCUCAAACCCAUUUCUUCGUCGGUCCCGCUGACUACCCUCCAUACCCUCUACAAUCGGGCAGCUCGGGCCUUUCUCCACCGCGAGAUUCCGGUCGUCCAUUCGUUGCUUUUAUCAGCUUUCGCGCUUCUCCAACCCCCAGAACAAGUCGACCAGGCAGAUGACUACUCGGCCUAUCGCUCCAAGUGGGAUUUAUUGAGGAUUACACUAGAAACGACAGUCUUCACCACACCUACCUCCAACGACUUGCCAGAUUCCCUUCGAGAAUUGGUCACGCUAACCCCACACUCACUCCUGACGACUGCAUACCAAAGGUCUCUCCACCUGUUCACUCCCCGGACCUUAGCUCCAAAAGCGCUCUAUAUCCCAUCCUCCGUCAUCUUGACUUUGGUGUACUCUAGUCUCAAGUUAGAAGCACCAGAUGCCGGUCGCGUUGUCGUUGAGGAUUGGCUCGCCACCCGCGCGUAUUCUUCUUCCCCGUCUACAGUAGACACCGAUGAAGAAAAGGGAAACUACCGGAAAGUUGUGGAAGCAUACUGUCUGCACGUCUUGCCCAAGCUGGAGCAAUGGGACUAUGCCAAGGAAUUCCUGGACUACGAGUGUGAGUUGACCCAAGAUGCUCGAAAGAAUAUCCGGAAAACAUUACAAGACCUUCAUGCUCAGGCAAUAAGUGCACGCUUACCUCCGCCAUCUCCGGUCCGCUUCACGGCCUCAGAGGUUUCGCCACGACCAUAUUCUCCUACACCCUCAUCAUCAUCGUCUUCAUCGCUUUCGUCUACGGCAUCAGUUCAUACCGUGGUUCCCGCCACUCCUCGGGCUCGCUCAACGCUAAAAUCGGAAAUGUACCGAAGAGCGUCAUCACCGUCGGUUGCUUCGAAUAGUACAGCUACGCCUCGCCAAACAACGACCAGUUUGCCCAACGCCUCACCCCCUCGUGUUCAGCACCAACAACAUUUACCGCGUUUCCACACUCCAGGCUCACUUCGCCCAGCACCGCCACCGACUACAUUCGCUCUUCUGAAAGCCUCCAUUGCACCGUUACUUGCUUCUCCCGCCAAACUUUCAGUAAUCUCGAUCGCAACCUUUGUUCUGUUGCUUGUCCUCCCGUUGUUUGUGCGACGACGACGGGCUGCUAGGAUCCAGGCGGAUGUUCCAGGGGGGAAUGCCGAGCUUGUAAGACGAAGGUUGUUGGCUGCUUCGGCAACUAGUAGCGGAAGCGCUAGUGUACUCGGUCGUGUUCUUGCAGCCACUAUCCGCGUGGUUGGUGACACGAUUCGGAUGGGAGGAAGUGGACUUGUUUGA